GAAUCACUAUCAGUAUGCCUUUACUAGAUCGUCUUCGAAAUAGUCUCAGAACUCGGGUUGGGCAUAAGCGUCACGCUCUCAAUGAAUGUAACAUCUUUGAAGACAUGGAGGAGCCUUCCACAGAAGGAGUCCAAGAAACAUCUCUCACUCUUUUCAAAAACUCUAGACUAUUCAAGGCACGCGCAUCCGAUGAUACGUCUACCAUCUCCGCCAACUGUAGCGAUUUCUCUCGUCACAACCAUAGUGGAAACAACAAAACCAAAGAGCAGUGUGAAUCUAGUUUCGCCUUAACUUCGACAAUGACUGAUGGUCAAAUAAACAACUUCCGUAAGCUAAACCUCAUGGAAUAUCUUGACCCAUAUCAAUAUGAAACAUUAAAUGAUGUCAGAGAUGAUGUCAACGAUGAUGUUGACGAUGAUGGCUGUGGAGCAGAGAAUUGUUUUACUGAUUCAUCACCGGAAAAUUCUGUAGCCCAUUAUUCUUUAAAUGUCAUACCCCCUGGUUGUUCAACCGCCUUAUCCCCUCGUCUGGAAUCUCGAAGUCAUCGUAUUCAACAGGAAACUGCGCUUAGUGACCAAUGCUUGAGCGACUCCCAGCAAGGUAAUGAUCGCAUCCGAUUAGACAGCGUCGGCAAUAGCUCGGCAGAAGACCUAGAAAUUUUUGGUUACCCUCUACAAAGAGUUAAAGCUAGAAGCUCUUACUCAAGCUCAGGGUGGGGAAUGCAAGAUCAGAUCAAUCACCACAUGGGAGAAGAUGCCGAGAAGUCCACCCCUGGAUCAGGGAAUCCACAUUCUGAAGAUCUCCUUGCUACUAGAGAUUUUGCUACACCGAAUGAUCUAACAUCGCUCUUUACAUUACAAGAAGGUCAGUUGCCAUACCGAAAACAAAAAGAUGAGCCUACGAUGACAACCCGAUUUCGGAAUCUUUCAUCUGAAAAUCCUCAUCGUCGAGUCCGUGUCUGUAAUGGCAUAUUCUUCAAUCAAUUUUCUACCAAUCUCAACCUCAAAGACAAUGUUCAAGAUGGUACAAUGAAGGGAAAUAUAGCGGACGAAUAUCUUUGAGAGACCCUAGAAAUAUAGGAUCGGAUUA